AAGAAGAAAAUUCUCUAAUGGAUUCUCCCAAUUCCCUCUCCGCUGCUAACAUCAAAGAUCGAGAUGAAUUCUCCGUUAGGGCUGUUUCACGGUGGCCGAUGGAAAACAGGCUGGCCCCGACCAUGCUGGUUCGACCAGCGGGUGUUAGGCCUUAUGUUAGGUCGAAAAUGCCUCGAUUGAGAUGGACACAGGAUCUUCAUCAAUGCUUCGUGCACGCUGUUGAGCGACUCGGUGGAGAAGACAGAGCUACUCCAAAAAUGGUGCUGGAGUUGAUGAAUGUGAAGGGGUUAACAAUUACUCACGUAAAGAGUCACCUUCAGAUGUACAGAAGCACAAAGCAUGAGCAGAUGAUACAAUAUAUAUACACACACACACACACACAAUUGCCAAAUUAA